CCCCGCUCUGCCCGUUAGCCGCUAUGUGGAGGGAAUAACGUUGGGGCCGUUGCCAGAGGGACACCGACCGGAGCGCCCCGCCCCCGCCCUGCUGGGGAUGCCGGCUCUGUGAGCACCGGCGGCGGCACCGCUAGGGACGGCCCCUCCCCGGCGCGGCGAACCUCCUCGAAGGGGAUGACGUAGCUUUGCCUAGGAUUUAUCAGCUAAGCAGAAAAUGAGCUUAACAUCCUGGUUUUUGGUGAGCAGUGGAGGCACCCGCCACAGGCUGCCACGAGAAAUGAUUUUUGUUGGAAGAGAUGACUGUGAGCUGAUGUUACAGUCACGAAGUGUGGACAAGCAACAUGCUGUGCUUAACUAUGAUGCCUCUACAGAUGAACACUUAGUGAAGGAUUUGGGCAGCUUGAAUGGGACAUUUGUGAAUGAUGUCAGGAUUCCAGAGCAGACAUACAUCACUCUGAAGUUAGAAGAUAAAUUGAGAUUUGGAUAUGAUACAAAUCUGUUUACUGUCGUCAGGGGAGAGAUGAGAGUCCCUGAAGAAGCACUUAAGCAUGAAAAAUUCACAAGCCAACUCCAGUUGUCCCAAAAAUCUUCAGAAGCAGAAGGAUCAAAGCAAACCAGCUCCAAAAGCUCAGAGUCCAAGGUAACAGACUCCACAGCUGAAGUGCACCAUAAAACUCCAGAAGCACAGAAAGCUGAAGAGAAAUCAUUGGAUCUUUCUGCCAUGCCUCGUGGGACACCUUUGUAUGGACAGCCAGCCUGGUGGGGUGAUGAUGAAGCUGAUGAAAAAAGUGGUUGUAAGCAGGACAGCAAACAGGAAGAAAAACCGCAGGAGACAGGGCCUUCAGGAUCCAGCACAGAUGCCAAGCAAGCUGAGGAGCAACCUGCAGCUGCAAGUGAAGACCUUUAUCCUUUCUGUAGGGAGCCAAGUUAUUUUGAAAUCCCUACAAAAGAAUUCCAGUCACCUUCACAGGUAGCAGAGAGCACGAUUCAUGAAAUUCCAACAAAAGACACCCAAAACUCCCAUGCAUCAGGUGCAGGGCACGCUUCCUUUACUAUUGAAUUUGAUGACAACACUCCUGGAAAAGUAACAAUCAAAGAUCAUGUGACUAAAUUCACGUCAGAACAUCGUCACAAGUCAAAAAAGCCUUCCUCCAGUGGGCAGGACCUGCCUGGGCUUCAAACAGUAAUGAUGGCUGCAGAAAGCAAAGUAGCAGAUUGGCUAGCACAGAACAAUCCUCCUAGAAUGAUAUGGGAACCAACAGAUGAGGAUUCCAAAAGUAUUAAAAGUGACGUUCCAGUGUACUUGAAGAGACUGAAAGGGAAUAAGCAUGAUGAUGGUACACAAAGUGAUUCAGAAAAUGCUGGUGCACACCGGCAUUACAGUAAGAGGGCAGCACUUGAAGAACACUUAAGACAUCAUCACACAGAGCUGAAGAAGUCACAUCAGAAGGUCCAUUCCUCAGAAAAGCAGCAAGAGCAAGCUGGUUUAAGCCAGACUGCUUUUAUGAUUGAGUUUUUUGAUGAAGACCAUCCUCGAAAGAGACGGUCUUACUCUUUUUCUCAGAAUGUAGGAGGUCAGUGCCCAGAAUCUGUAUCUCCAGCGCCUCAUGCGCGAGCUGAAAGAGUGAAACCUACAUCAGGAGAGAAACCAGUCCCUUCAUCUGUGCAAGCUAGCUCAUCACAUCAUAGAGGAGUACAUGGUGUUCAUGCAAAACUUCUAAAACAAAAAUCAGAAGAACCCUCAUUGCCUGUCCUACAAGCUGCAUUGUUAAGGAGUUCAGGAAGCCUUGGGCAUAGGCCUAGUCAGAACCAGGAGAUGGACAAAAAGUUGAAAAGCCAGCAUAUUUCUGCUGAAAAAGACAAUGAGGAUGACCAGAGUGACAAAGGUACUUACACUAUUGAGUUGGAAAAUCCCAAUUCUGAAGAAAUGGAAGCCCGUAAAAUGAUUGACAAGGUAUUUGGAGUGGAUGACAGCCAGGAUUAUAAUAGGCCUGUUAUCAACGAGAACCAGAAAGAUUUAGUAAAAGAUUGGGCUAUAAAUUCUGCUACAGUAGUGCUGGAAGAAAAAAGACCACUGAGUACAACUGGAUUUCUUGACACAGAGGGAGGUUCUACUGCCCCUGGAACUAAGCGUUGGGUAUCACAGUGGGCCAGUUUGGCUGCUAAUCACACACGUCAUGACCAAGAUGACAUCAGACUGGAGACAUCUGUGUCUCUUCCACUAGAAAACGACGCAGACUUCAGUGAGUCUGGUCUUUCUGUUAGAAGCACUGGUUCAGCUGCUUCCAUGACCAGCCAAGGUGAGCGAAAGAGGAGGACGCUUCCACAGCUUCCCAAAGAGGAGAAAGUGAACGAAAGCUCAAAAGUAAAACCCACAUCUCAUCAGAGAUCAGAAAUAGGUGAAAAGCAAGACACUGAACUUCAGGAGAAGGAAACUCCAGCUCGUCCCUCAGAUGCUGAUAGCAGAAGUGUAGCUAAGUCCAGCAAAACAAUGAAUGGUCUUUCGCCCAAAGCUACUGGAGACAAAGUUUUUUCUUUCCCCAGCUGUUCCAGUAAAGAGCGAGUUGAAACUGGCAGAGAAACUUCUGUGGUGAAACAGGCUUUAGCAAAAAUUCAGCAACAAGAAAGAAAGGAGCAAGGACACUGGACACCCACAAAAUUAUCCUCUACAAAAGCUGCUGCAAACCAAGUUGAGAAAGGUAGGGAGGAGAUCACUAUGUCACCCAAAACUUCAGGUAAUCAAGACAGAGCUCCUGCACACAUUACAGAUAAGGCAGAAAUAAAGUUGGUUCAGAGUGAGGGAAAAAGAAGAAAAAAUGAGGAAACUAUUAAAGGACAAACUCCUAAACCAUCUGGAGGAGAAAAAAAGGAAUCUUCAAAACCAUUAGUGAGGCAAGGUAGCUUUACUAUAGAUAAGCCUAGCACAAAUAUACCUAUAGAACUUAUUCCUCACAUCAAUAAGCAAAGUGGAUCUGCUGCCCCUUUAACAUCUGCAAACAGGAUACGUGACAGAAGUGAUUCAAUGGACACUGAUUCCAGUCUAGAUACAACACUCAUUUUAAAAGACACAGAAGCUGUAAUGGCUUUCCUUGAAGCUAAAUUGCGUGAAGAAAAUAAAACUGAUGAAGGUCCAGAAACUCCAAGCUACAACAGAGAUAAUUCCAUCUCACCAGAAUCUGAUGUAGAUACAGCCAGCACAAUCAGUCUUGUUACUGGUGACUCUGAAAGGAAAUCCACACAGAAGCGCAAGACCUUUACAACCUUAUAUAAAGAUAGAUGCUCCUCUGGUUCUCCUUCAAAGGAUGUUUUAAAAUCUUCUGCAACAAGUGCCAGAGAAAAGAUGGAAAAGAAAAGUAAAAGUCGGUCUUCAGAUGGUGGCUCUAGAGCUGACGCUCGCAAAGCUGUGCAGUCCAGUGGAAGAAUGAGACAACCAUCAGUAGAUUUGACAGAUGAUGACCAAACAUCUAGUGUACCUCAUUCUGCCAUUUCUGAUAUCUUAUCAUCUGACCAGGAAACCUACUCUGGCAAAUCACACGGAAGAGUUCCUUUUGCCUCAGCAGAUGAACUUUUACAUUCCAAGAUGGAAGGAAAGUCAGCUAAAUCAAAAACUUCUCCUGUUGCAGUUGGGCAGUCUAGUAAAUCUACCACUCUUCCAAGACCUCGUCCUACAAGGACUUCUCUCUUGCGCAGAGCACGGCUUGGUGAAGCCUCCGAUAGCGAGCUUGCUGAUGCCGAUAAGGCUUCAGUGGCUUCCGAAGUGUCCACUACAAGUUCUACGUCAAAACCUCCAUCAGGGAGGAGAGGUAUUUCCAGAAUAGACUUACUUGCUCAACCGCGCAGAAACCGACUUGGCUCUUUAUCAGCACGUAGUGAUUCUGAAGCAACAAUAACUAGAAGCACUGCCUCAUCUCGUACCCCAGAGGCUAUUCUCAGAAGUAGUGCCAGGCUAGCAUCAGCAGGAGAUAGUAGUAAAGUUUCUGCUAGAACUCGUGCCAAUAGCAUUUCUCGACUUUCAGAUUCAAAAUCCAGAUCUUUGGCUUCAGCUCAUAAUUCUCCCUCAGUAAGUGCAAGAUGGAGGCGCUUUCCUACAGAUUAUGCUUCCACCUCAGAAGAUGAAUUUGGAUCAAACCGUAAUUCUCCUAAACAUGCCCGUCUGCGUGCUUCUCCAGCCCUGAAAACCACACGACUGCAGAGCACUGGGACAGCAGCUCAAAGUAGCAAUACAUUCAAGCACAGAAUAAAGGAACAGGAAGACUAUAUUCGUGACUGGACUGCCCACCGAGAAGAAAUAGCAAGGAUCAGUCAAGAUCUGGCUCUCAUCGCACGGGAAAUCAACGACGUAGCGGGAGAGAUAGAUUCAGUGACUUCAUCAGGCACUGCCCCCAGUACCACAGUAAGCACUGCUGCCACCACCCCUGGCUCUGCCAUAGACACUAGAGAAGAGUUGGUUGACCGAGUAUUUGAUGAAAGUCUCAAUUUUAGAAAAAUCCCUCCACUAGUGCAUUCCAAACCACCAGAGGGGAAUGGUCGGCAUAAUGAUGCUAGACCUCAGAUAACAGAUACCCUUGAUCCCCCCAAAAUUACCCGGAGAAGGACUUGGAGCAGAGAUGAAGUUAUGGGGGACAGUUUACUCUUGUCCUCAGUCUUCCAAUUUUCUCGCAAGAUAAGACAAUCUAUAGACAAAACAGCUGGCAAAAUCAGAAUAUUAUUUAAGGACAAAGACAGAAAUUGGGAAGAAAUUGAAAACAAGUUGCGAGCUGAAAGUGAAGUUCCUAUUGUUAAAACAUCAAGCAUGGAAAUAUCGUCAAUCUUACAGGAACUGAAACGAGUUGAGAAACAGCUGCAAGCAAUUAAUUCUAUGAUCGACCCUGAUGGUACCCUGGAUGCUCUGAGCAACUUGGGAUUCGCCAGCCCCAUCUUACCAGCUCAGCCAAAGGCGAAGUCCAGUCCCAUUUCCCAAAGUACCUGCCCUCAAGUGCAGCCAAACUGCCAGCCUGAAGCUCGGGCUCUUCAACACGCUGCUGACCCUGGUGCAGCGGAAUUUGAGAAUGCUGAAUCCGAGUCAGAUUUCAGCAUACGUUUCAACAGAUUUAACCCAGAUGGGGAAGAGGAAGAUGCCACCCUGCGUGAGUGACAUCUCAGUGUUGAUAAAAAACCUUUCAUGUGGAAUGUUUAGGAAUAAAGAAAAAAAUAUAAUACUGGUUUUAUAAUUAAAAAAAAAAAAAGAAAAAAGCUUGGUCAAACAGCAGUUUUAUUAAACCAGUUUUCUUUGACUGUGAUGCUUUGAUUGUCACACAAAUCCUUUUCCAAUCAUAAUGAUAUGCAUAGAUACCAGUGUAGGAAAGCAGAUUGUGGCAGGUUUGCCCUUUGUGGUUGUGUGCUUUGCAAAAGAUUUAUUAAUAUCAGCGAUUUUCCCUUAAUAGAUUUAUUUCUUUUCAAAAGCCAUGCAAGCAGUCUAACAUUUAAUGUUACUGAAACCCCAAAUCUCUUUGCCAAGCUGCUCUGAUGAAUGGACUUCCUCCACUAAAGUUUGUACAGAACUGUUGAACACUUGCAUUUGACUCUGAAUUAGAUGGUUUAUAUGGGAAACAUUAUCUUUGACUACAAUGACACAUUACUGCAAUAGGUAAGACAGAUUUUAGAAAGCAUUCAUUCUUGCGUACUGAAAAUCUCAAACAGUUCUGUGAUUUAUAUAAUCUCGUUGCUGCAUAAAUUUUCUUGGGGUUUACAAACUUCACAUAUUAUGUUUGCACUAAGAUUGCUGGGAGUGGGAGGUGAACAUAUCGAUAUCAAUAAAUGGCAAACAGUGUUUUGGUGUACAUAGAAAACGGAUAAUACUGUACUUGUAUUAUCAUCACAGUGUUUUAAUCCACUUUCUACAAAGACUAUUUGGCACUUUUUGAUCUUCUUCAAAUGACUUUUUGAUGUUAAUUAAAGUAGAAGUAUUUCAUAUCUCAUCUCUGUCCAAAUGUUUGUUGGAUCCAGGAAAUAAAUUAAACAUGGGACAUCUCAAAGCGUAGUGAGGCGAAUGGGCUUUCACCAGUUCAAAUGCAACAUAGCUUACAGAAGAAAUUACUGUUUCUCGGAACGAUUGUUAGAUGUAAAAUUUUCUUUAGGGGACUUGGAAAUAGAAGUGUCAUAAUUUGCUUCAUCGAUAGAUUCACUCCCCAGUGAAUGGUUUUAUUUGCUUCUGUAUAUUUUCCUGUAGUCUUGCUAGUAAAGCUGUCUCUGUCUUACAUAUUUAAAAGGAUUCUGGAAGACGACUGCUAACAUAGACAUUUUGCUUAUACCACUGGAAAGCAAGUCUGUUUAAAGUUUCCUCUAUAAGCCUAUUUUCCUUAUAAGUUGUCCCAGUAACUUAACAUUUGGAAAUAAUAAUAAAAAAAUAAAAGUAAAUUACUUUGUAUUUCCAGAACACUGUAAUUUGGAGGAAUUUUAUUUCUGUUAAGUGUAACUAAUAGACUGGAAUUUUCCUAUGUUUGCAUCAGUCUCUAUAUAUUAAGGUUAAAUAUACAGUUUUGCAGCUUUUAUGAAAUGGUCUUUAAUAUUUCAGCAAUAAUCCUAGAUUACAUUUGUUUUAAAACCAACUACUUUCUGUACACUUUUAAAUUGUACAGGCUUUCAGAAGUCAGUGAGGUUGGACCAGUUAAUAAAAAUGCAAAAACUUUUUUUGUAGAGAUGUAAAAAAAACCCCACUAAUCUGUUGUAUAAUGGAUUUCAUAUUUUCUUUAAAAAAAUUAAAAGCAAACAGCCUUCAUGUAUGGCUAUGCUCUACUCCAGCUAACUGGGAGCCUGGACUACACCAGUUUACAGUGGCUACAAGAGAAGUUUUAGAAGGUAGAGAAGGGCAAAAAUAAAUCGAAACUAUAGCUAGGCGGUGAGAACUGAGUGUACCAAACCAUCACCAUAAUUCCUUCUUUUGUUGAAUGCUUGGGAACAUAAUUUUUCUGAAGGCUCGAAGGGAAAGUAAGAAAUUACUAGGAAGGGUAAAAAAGGUGCAGGCUCUUCAUGCGAGAUUCUGUUUGUGUUCUUUCACACAAAAUACCUUUACGUUCUGUAAUGAGCAUUUUGCAUUACUAUGUUCUUAUUUUGUAUGAACAUGUUCUCCUUAUUUAUUUUUGUUACAUUUAUUAUGUAUGUUAUUUUGUUAUAUGCAUUUACAACUCCAUUUUUAAAUAAAGUGUUUCUGGAACAAA